CAUACAAUUGUCUCAAACAAUUUGGCGGUUUAUAGGAAGUAGUUUGCGAAGAAAAGUCGGGAGCGAAUUUAGCUGCGUUAAUAAGUUGGGUUUUAUUUCGCGGACUUGUUUAACUAAAUUGUUAAUGCCGUCCAGUCGAUAAAGAUAUCUUUUUUUAUCCUUUGCGUUCAGUGAGACGUCAGUAUGGUGUGUUGGGCGUCGUGCUUAGCGGCUAGCUAACUGUUGUUAUUUAAUGUGAAGGCGAGCUGACUGAGCUCUGUGUUCUGCUACCUGACUGAGCUCAGCUUGUUUCAUAUGACAAGCAGCCAAUUGUUUAUCUUCCAAGUGGCUUUAUGCGUUAAGAAUGAUGUCUAAUGUUCAGGAUUCCAGUGGUAAAUAUUUAUGGUGGUAUCUCCAGAGUAUGGAAUUCCAUCUCGAUGUGGCUGCCAGCACGAAAGGAAAAACCAACAUCAAGCAUCUGAAUUUGGGGGUGAACAUGUUUGAUAAACCAAACAAGGAGGCCUCCUACCUUGUUGUCCAUUUCUUGUUUAAGAAGUUGAAUCCUUCACGUGUGCAGGAUGUUUUUAGACAUUGCUGGCCAGUUUUGGAUCACAAGGCUGAUGCUGAAUUUCGUAAGGUGACAUUUGGAUGGCUCCAGGAAAUAAUGAAUGAGAAAGGGAGCAAUUUUCCCAAGGUGGUUGCAUCACAUUUACACUCUUCUUCUGGGCCAAGAUUCGUCAAUCUUAUGCUUCACUUUGCUAGAUAUGUCAUGCUAAAAUUGAUGAAGUCUUUUAGCACAGAUGGAUCAUGGGUUCCGGAGGCUGCAGCAGUUCCAGCAAGUUCUCAAGAGUUGGAGAUGAAGCGCUUUCAGAUGGUGAAGAGACGCUUCCAGAAAGUGUCUGUGGAGCAAGAUGCUCUGAUUCAGGAUUAUCAGAAGAGAGCCAGACAUUUGGAGAAGUCUUUGAAGGACCAUAAAGCAGAAGAUGUCAAGUGUGAUGAUUUGCUCAAAAAACAUGAAAACAAGACCAACUUGGAAAAAGACCUUCUGGAAAAAAUUUGCAAGGUUCGAAGCUUGUGGGCAGAGAUUGACAAAGCUUUGUCCAGGCUAGAAGGAGAGCGGAGUGUGUUGGCUAGCGUGAUCGAGGGCAAGGUCGAUCAGUAUGUGCUGGAUGGAAAGGACAUUAGUGUGAAGGUUCCUACAGUUCUGCUGGAAAGAAUGGAGAGGUCAUCACAUCAGAUUAGUGCUGGCAGUUUGUAUGAGGGAAGUCAGCUGGUCAUCCUGCGGUUGCUUGAGCUUUUGAAUGUGGGAUUAAAACUCCUGAGCGAGGAGCGAGCCAAGCUUUCAGGUCCAACAUUCCAGCCCAGCCACCAACAUCUCCAGGAGCAAGCUUUGCUUAUGAAUCGUUCAAAGGAGACCCUGAAAAGCAUGAGGCGCAAGUUGUGCAAGGAGGAUAUACCACAGCUAAAGAGCAGCAUAAAGACUCUGCAGUUGGACUGGGAGAAGAAGUGGGCUGAAUGUUUGAACAACACUCCAUUGAUUUCUUUCCUCAAUGAUGAUCCUGUUUUGGACUUCCUUUCCCCAAUGCCUCCACUAUCCUUUGAAGCAGCCUCUGAGGUUAGCUUCAAGGCUAGCAUCUUUUCACAGUACCCAGCUAAACUUUCUGAACUAGCAACACGGACCCUUAAAGCUGAAUCUUGUAUCACUGAGCCAGAAAUUAAAAAGGAUGGUGACUUUUUAAGCUCUCUUCCAGUAGAGGACAAAACAGAAGAUAUACUUUUUUCCAGUUGCUUUGCUUCACCCAGGCCCAUGUCUCCAAGUAUAGUGCCCCCUGUAACCCCUGCUUGUGUUAAGGUGCCAUCAGUUGCUCCUACACCCAGCCCUGUUCAGGCUAGCAAGAGGAGACCCUUGUUUUCACAAACUAAGACCUCGGUGUUGAAGCCAAAGCCUCAGAUUCUGGAGUUGGAAUAUGAGAAUUUAGCAAGUCAGUUUGCUGAAGCUGUGACCAUGAGUCCAGUGGAUGGAAGAAGAAGCAGUAUGGAGCUUGAGCAGUUGCUCAAUACAUUAGCAGACCCGUUCACAACAAAGAAGCAGCUUCCUCGCACACCAGAAAGCUUGAUUAUGGAUGUCAGAACAUCAUGGAGGAAAGCAAUGGAAGAAGGAAAGGCUGAGAAAAAGCAUGACAAAUGUCAAGAUAGCCUAUCCUGGUUGAAAACACCGGUUUCUGAGGUUAAAGAAAGAAGUCCCAGCCCAGAAACUUCUUCAAUAAGAAGAGAUUCUGCAAUACUGAACACUGACCCUCUACCAUGUAGUCCCCUUCCAUCCCAGAAGGGGUCUUCUCUGCACUCUACUAUUUCCUGGGACAGCUCCCAGCAGGAGGCUCUAAGCCAAAGCUCCAGCAACAUCCUCCACUUCAGCAUUGUUCAUGAAACCUUUCCAGACAAUGAUGAUUCUUUCAGCUGCAGUAAUUGCUCACCAGAGGUCCAGGACGUGGAAGAACUUCUCCUCCCCCCUGUUAUGUCAUGUUAUUCUGAAGAAGAGAAUACAUGCCAAACGCUUCGAAGACCUCUGGACGAGUCCCCUUUUUCAGGGAGGUUCAAGGAGACAAACUCUGACUUUAUGCCAUCAGCAAUAAUCACAAGCCCAGGACUGGGUAGCUGUAGUGGGGAGAAGGUUUUUUCUCUGGAUUUGGACCAACUGGAGAGCUUCUCCUCUCCUCGGCGAGAGGAGCUCCCCCUGCCCAAUCUUGUAACAUUCUCACCUAUGGAUGACUUCUAAUUGGUGUCUGAACAGUUUGUACUAUGAAUUAAGACACCAGAGAACAAAUGAAGCUUUGUACCUUCUCUGCUAUCGUGCCACUAUCAACAGACUGGUUGAGGGGACCCUGCGAAUUGAACUCUACCUUCUAAGCAUUUCUUUUUUUUUCUUUAAGUAGCUCUCUUCAGUCCUAACAGUUUUACUGGCUUGUCUUAAAGUUCAAAGUUUGUCAAAGCCCAGAUUAUUUGUGCUAAUAUUUUUAAAUGUUUGUUAUGGAUGAAGUGAACAAUUCUAAUAUGAGAACAGGUCUAAGAUCAGUCAACAUGAAGUAGGCCAAUAAAUGUAAUAAGCAUGCUUUAAGCAGUUUCUCAAAUGUAAUAAACUUUUGUGCACUGUUUUUAUUUUUUUUUGUCUUAAGUUGUACUUUUCUGUUCCAUUCCAUAAACAAGCUCCAUCAUUCA